AUGCUUUCUUUUUUUCUAAAGAAUGGGGAUAUAUCGUUGGGAAAAAGCAGAAGAAAAGGAUUUCACGGGCAGAAGAAGGGAAGGAAGUUCGGAAAAGCAGACGGGACUAUUCCUUUCUAUUACGAUCUCGGCACCACCUUCCUUACCCCCUACGAUAAAUUUACCCCUUUUUUGAAGAGGAAAGCUCCCAGGUUCCGCAUCUUAAAAAAGUGCAUAACCAGAUUGGAAGCACUGAAGUUAAUUCGCAAUGGGCCAACUCACCCAGCCAUGAUGCGCAUGACAGAAGAGAGCGAGCACAAAAUGGAGUUUCCAUCUUGGAUGAGGCUCACGUCCGGAAAGAAUCUUUUUCAAGACUUUCUCCCCUAUGUUGAACUUUCUCUAUAUUACAUUACCUGA